AGUGUUAAAAGUAUUAGUUUUUAUUUUCUCAGCAAGAAAUAUCCAAAGCCCGCUGACCACGAGAAGGACAAUUAUCACCAUGGUUGGAUCAAUGCGAUCAUCUGGAAGUUUUGUGAUUUAGACACUGAACCUCAUGAUAGGAAAGUCUCUCGACAUGAACUGUUUCCACUUCGAGCACCUUUAUUAUCAAUGGAACCUUGUAUUGGUCGAUUUUUGGACUCGUGUGACCCUAACGAUGACCAUUUGGUGACCUUAGCUGAAUGGGGUAACUGUUUGGGCGUUGAAAAAGGUAAAGUUAAUUAAGUUAAAAUUUAUCAG